UGUGAGGAAGAAACUAGUUUCCUGGGAAGGAGGAGAUGUGUUUGUGGAGCUGAAUGUGGAGUAAACGCAGAAGUAGAAAAACAACUUGAAAUGGGAAAGAAGUUAUUGGCUGCUGGACAGCUAGCAGAUGCUUUGUCUCACUUUCAUGCAGCUAUAGACGGAGACUCAGAUAACUACAUUGCUUAUUACAGAAGAGCCACAGUGUACUUAGCCAUGGGCAAAUCUAAAGCAGCAAUUCGUGAUUUAAGUAAAGUGGUUGAAUUAAAGCAGGACUUCACAUCCGCAAGAUUGCAGAGAGGACACUUACUGCUCAAGCAAGGAAAAUUUGAUGAAGCAGAGGAUGACUUUAAAAAUGUGCUCAAAUCCAAUCCCAGCAGUAAUGAGGAAAAAGAAGCCCAGUCUCAGCUGACAAAAUCGGAUGAGCUACAGCGCCUGCAUGCACAAGCAUUGUCUGCCUACCAGCAAGAGGAUUAUGAAGGCGCUGUUUCUCUUCUUGAUGAAAUCUUGGCAGUUUGUGUUUGGGAUGCAGAGCUACGGGAGCUUCGAGCCGAGUGCUAUAUAAAGGAAGGGGAACCCAGUAAAGCCAUUAGUGACUUGAAAGCUGCUGCCAAAUUAAAGAAUGAUAACACUGAAGCCUUCUAUAAAAUCAGCAGAAUAUAUUAUCAGCUUGGGGACCAUGAGUUAUCACUCAGUGAAGUCCGGGAGUGUCUGAAACUUGACCAAGACCAUAAGCAAUGCUUCUCUCUCUAUAAACAAGUAAAGAAACUUAAUAAGCAGAUUGAAUCAGCUGAAGAACUCAUCAGAGAAGGCAGGUAUGAAGAUGCUAUCAGUAAAUACGAUUCUGUAAUGAAAACUGAGCCAGAAGUCCCAAUUUAUGCUACUCGUGCCAAGGAAAGAAUCUGCCACUGUUUGUCAAAGAAUCAGCAGGCUAUAGAAGCCAUAAAAGUUUGUGCGGAAGUUCUUCAGCUGGAACCAACCAAUGUGAAUGCUUUGAAAGACAGAGCAGAAGCUUAUUUAUUAGAAGACCUAUAUGAGGAAGCUAUUAAAGACUAUGAAACGGCUCAAGCCAAUAGUGAAAAUGACCAACAGAUUCGUGAGGGGCUAGAGCGAGCCCAGAGGAUGCUGAAGCAAUCACAGAAAAGAGAUUACUACAAAAUUUUAGGUGUAAAAAGAAAUGCUCGAAAGCAAGAAAUCAUAAAAGCUUACAGAAAACUGGCAUCCCAGUGGCAUCCUGAUAACUUCCAGAGUGAAGAAGAAAAGAAGAAAGCAGAGAAAAAGUUCAUUGAUAUAGCAGCUGCUAAAGAAGUCCUCACUGACCCAGAAAUGAGGCGGAAGUUUGAUGCGGGAGAGGACCCUCUGGAUGCAGAGAGUCAGCAGGGUGGGGGCAACCCUUUCCACAGGAACUGGAACACGUGGCAAGGAUUCAACCCCUUUGGUUCGGGAGGAGGACCAUUUACAUUCAAAUUUCACUUCAGUUAAGAGCCAGGACUGUUUUUGGUGGCUGCUGCUGUUUUUUACUUGUUUAAAAAUAAAAAAGUCUCUCAGUUCAAGACCCCAAAUCGUAAUUUCUGAUGUUGUCCUUAACCCAGAGUCUUACUAUAUUAGAAGAAAGCGUAGCUCUUUCUUUUAGUAUUCACAGGGUUUGCUUUGUGGUGAACUUGACAGGCUUAUACUGGUGGGUGGGUUGAAUAAGGGUUGUUUUUUUUUAACUGCUUAUGUAUUUGUUGUGGGUAUGCAGGAAAUCUUUAUUCCUAUUGAUGAAAAAACAGUAAGAGGCUACUUAGGACAACACCUAAACAUAUCCUUAGGACUUAAAUAUAUGCUUAAAGGUAAAAAUGCAUGUAAAUACUUUUCUGAAUCAAAGCCUAAUAAUCAUGGAAAGGGUAGUUAUGAUACUCUCUGUGUUAACAAAUUGUUAGUUGUGCUCGGCAGAAUUAUCCAUCUCUCAGUAUCCCUAAAAGGAAAUCCUGGUGGCCAUCUGCUGUAUUACUGUUGGCAGUGCCAUAGGUAGGGUGAAGAGGCUGCUACAGAAGGAGUCUAAACAGUCUUUUCUAAAGAAGAAUGUGUGUAAGUAAUGGGAUUUGAAAAUGUCGGCUUGCUUUAUUCAUUAACUUUUAAUUGAUUGGGAUGCGUUCCUUGGCAGUAAUUGUCAAAUAUGAAAGUAAAAAAUA